AUGGAAGUUGAAGAUGUCAUCGAAUCGCUACAAAUGGAUUAUGACAUAUUAAUGGAAAGAUGCGAGGAGGCUGAAUCCGAGGCUGCGAAGAAGCCAAUGGUGGAGGAAUGGGAUGCGUUGGAAGAAGAGAUAAGAUUUUUUGAAACAUUUUUGACGCAAAGAGGAUUAUUUCGUAAACCGGAGUCUCGUUCUGGACGAAUGCGAGUGGAGGAUUCAGUCGCUUCUGGAAGUGGUCAAGGCCCAAGUUUGGACGAGCACAGUUUAUCUCCCGAGCCAGCUGCAACCAUGAGAAUGCGGGAUGACGCAUCACCAGCCGAACAUGAUGCGAUCGCCUGCUCAGGGAUUCGCUCCGUGCGGGCGGGUUGCCACGCCGCAGCGAGCGGGCGCCGGUGUUGCGGGCCGUAG